UGGGGCUCGAUGGCACUAAGGUAGAUUUUUACUGUUACUGUGCUUUUUGAAUCAGUUACACUUUCAAUUAUAUUCUAAUGGGUCCAUUGAUGAUGGUAAGAAGAGUGUCUACUGUUGUAUGUCCUGGAACUGAUGAUUAUCACAUUGUCCUGGAAGUCUGUAUCAAACCAGUAGUUCUUCGUAUUAGUAAGUGCCCUUGAAAUAGCUCUCAGUUUCAGAAAGGUCGGUGACCUCUGUCAUAGACAAUCAUCACUUUGAUAAUCAUGGUUAUUACCCCUCACCUCAGCUCACCUUACCCUUCCUUCUAAAUGUGAUGGAACUUUAAACUCUUUCAUAAACUUUGUAUACACUUCAUUUCAGAAAAAUAAUAAUGGAAGAAAAACUGACUUCAGGACUUGUGUUAGUUAGACAUCAAUAGCUGUUACCCACUAAUUAAAUCCAUUAAACCCAAAGUCUGUGCACCCUGUCAGUGAAGGCAACACAAUUUGCUGAACUCACAUGUCUGUCUGAAACCCAGUGAGGGGACAGAAGCAGUCAUCUGGAUUGAUCUCAGGUAAUUGGAGACUGAGGGAAGAAAAGUCAACAGACCAUAAAAAACACAUAUAACAACCACUGCAUGUUUGCAACUAUUAGAAGAACAGCAGCUCCUGUCCUUCUACUCAUCACUCUUCAUUUCAGGAUAGAGUGAUCACAGACGAGGUCAGGUCCAAACCUUGACUGCUUGGACUGUUUUUAGGUGAGAGCAGGAGCUUUUUGUCUAAUACAAGUUCAUAAAUGAUUGUGAUUCAGUAUGUUAUUGCUUAAUUUAUAGAUUAAUGACGUUUUGUUCUUUUUUUCUGACCCUGUAGGAAUGCCCUCAGAAUUAUUCCUACGUGGAAUGCUCUAUCUGUCACUCACUGUCGUUGGAGUCCCAGGUAACUCUGCUGUCAUCCUGGCAUUCCUCCUGCUCCUGCACAAGGAGAACCGGCUCCUCCCAGCUGAUGCCAUUGUCUUGCAUCUGGCCUGUGCAAACCUGUUGGUGGUGGCUGUGCGCUGCCUGCUGGAGACCCUUGCCUCCUUCCACCUGCCAGCAAUCUUUGACGAUGUUGGCUGUAAAUCCAUCAUUUUUGUGUACAGGACCUCCCGCUCCCUCUCCAUUUGGCUCACCUUUGUUCUCAGUGCCUACCAGUGCCUGAGCAUCGCGCCACCUGGGUCGCGGUGGGCCUCCGCCCAUCGGCUCAUGGGCCAAUAUUUGUGGAUAGUGUUCUUAGUUAUCUGGCUCAUCAACACCACCAUGAGCUCAGCGUCUGUUGUCUUCUCUGCUAGCAGACAGCUCAACUCCAGCUCCGUGCAACAUGGUAUUAAUGUACAAUUCUGCUACGUGAACUUUCCCUCAAAGGAGUCUAAAGAGGCCAACGGCUCAGCUCAGGUGGGCAGAGAUGUGGUGCCCAUGGCCCUCAUGGCUCUGGCCAGUCUGAUCAUCCUGGUAUUCCUCUACAAACACAGCCAGCAAGUGAAAGGCAUGCGCAGCAGCAGCGGCGGGGGGGGGGGGGGGAGGGGGGGGGGGGAGGGGGGGGGGGGCAGCGGGGCAGAGCAGCGGGCUGCUAAAGCCGUGGUAGCGCUGGUGACCUUGUAUGUGGUCCUCUAUGGGAUAGACAACGGGCUUUGGGUGUACACUCUGACAGUGAAGAAAACCAUGACCACGUCUCUGAUCUCUGACCUGCGUAUCUUCUUCUCCUCGCUGUAUGCCGCCCUCAGCCCCGUGGUCAUCAUUGCCUCUAACAGGAAGGUGAACCAAAGACUGAAGUGCGCAGUGCAGGAGAAGCACGUUCAAGAAAGAGCCACAAGUCUGUCGACCAUGUGAGGUCUGCUAGAGGCCUGGGGAGAAAUGUGUCGGUCAAUUAAAAAAUAUCCUGUCAAUGUUAUGUAUUUCUUUUGUCAUCGCGGUAGUUGGACGCUCAUGGAGGUUCUCUGAUCGUGUACUGAGAGGAAGGUUGUCUCGGGUUAACUUUCUGUCCUGAUCUGAGCAGUUUUUAUGAUCUAACUCAGUGGUUCUGAAACUGUGGUAUACUGAGCGCUCUCUAGUGGUACGUGGGGAAAAUUUUCACAUUUACCUUUUCAAUUGAAUAAAUCUGAAACAUACCAUGGACAA